ACCGGACUUGUGCAAAGCGCAAAGCUAGGGCAUCUGUAGCCCGUCUGUACUGGGACUGCUUACUGCUUAUGCGCACGUAUACCUCUUGACUUUGACUAUCCUUUCCCGCUCGUCUGCUCCUGUUCCCCGGCGUGUUCGACCGAUGUCAUCAUGUUUUGCCUCUGCCCUCACCGCUGGCCCUAGCCGCACUCAAAAACUGAGCCCCCGUUCAGUCCUCGCAUUCUCGCGAAAACGUCUGUCGGUGCCCGCAGGCGUGCUGCCCCAUCCGCGCGGUGGUGGUGCAGCACGCCGGGCAUCCACGCGUUCCGUACCGAGAGCUGCUGCUUCGAGUCCGAGUUCUGAUGUACACAAAACCCUCACUGCGCUGCACAAGACGAGGAACUUUGCGGAGGACGUCCUGCGGAGCCGGUAUCGCGCGGAUUUGUGGGAUGUGUGGAAGGGGCUGCUCGAGCAGGCCCAUGAGGAUUUGUCGGCGCUGCGCUCGGAGGCACCGGAGGGGAGGAAGGCGAGGGUGCUCGUAUAUGGAUGCGAUGAAUUCUCCGGCUCGGCGGACAUCCUAACGGCGCUGCUCGAAGACCCAAUCUCAUCCGGCGGGGCGCAAAACGAUACUGUACGCCGACGCUGGCAAGCACGAGGGGAUCAAGGGCGGCCUGAAAGUGUCGAGAUUGAGGCUGGCCUGUCCAAUUCGAUUACAGAGGACAAGUCAACACGGAAUAUAUCCCUAUUAUCAUCCUGGCUACAACAAUUCUCCACCCCAUUACGAGUUACCGAGCUUGCUCCCCUCGUCCCGCCCAAGCCGUUCCCCGCCCCGAGUCUAUACUCCGCCGAUGUCCCUGUUAUUGUGUGCGACCCGCUCACGACGGAUCUCGAGAGCCUCGUGAGCCUCGAGCUUCCCGUCCCGCUAAGUCCCAACGCGAUCGUUAUAUUCAUCACACCCUCGCAUGAUGCGAAACUCCACGCUCACAUCACAUCGUAUAUAUCGCAAACUCAGCAUGAACGGCUUCAUCCCAGUGCGUUUUCGACUGUUCCCGAGGCGGAAGGGGAAUCUGUCGGUAGUGUCCAGACGAGGGUGUUAUUUAUCGACCCCGCACGCGCGUUGAAUGCCGUCAGGACGCUGCAAGGAAACUCUUCCUCCCCGCGGAAUGUCCAGAAAUACCAGGACGACUUCGUCGGCUCCAACAUCUCUGCAUUCACGGACGCUCUGAAACAAAUCACCGCGCCCUCAUCACCAUCCGACACCCCCCUUACGCGCUUACGAACCCAGACCGCGCAUACUAUCGCCCAGGGCGCGCUGCAAGCCUGCCGGACCGUCCUCUGGCUCGAAGAAGACGAGAUCGCGGCGCUCGAGGCGGAGCUCGGCGAUCUGCGCGAGCAGGUCGCGGUCGUGAAGGACGCGCUCCCGCGCGAAGUGCUUAGUGUGACGGACGAGUCGGGCGACGAGGUCGUGCGCGCGCUCAGAGACGCGGAGACGGCGCUUCGGGAAGUUAUGGGCAAGCUUACCUGGUGGAGGGCGGCGUGGAGGGUGGAUGAGAUUGGCCAGAUCGUGGCUGCCGCGUUGGAGAGGAAUUGGUGCAAGCGGCUGGAAGAUCGGCUCAUAUAUCAUGCGGGCCGCUUGACGGCCCUCCAAGAGUCCAUGAAGACUGCGACGGACGCGAUUCUGGCUGUGCACGAGCACCCGUCCCCGUUCGACUCCCCCGUCCUGCGUAACACUCUCGCCCAAAUAUCGUCGUCGCCGUCGUACCACAUCGACGCGCACGUACUCACCGCGCCCCUCACGAAUCGCUUGGCGCAGAUCAUGGCGUACCCGACCCCGCGCUUGCACCUCAGCGCACAGCGCAUGGUCGUAGGUCUGUCCGGCAGCGUCGUGGGCGGCGCGGGGCUUGGCGCCGCUGGCUGGGUGGGGUAUGUGAGUCUUGGCCCCUUGGGCUGGAUGCUGGGGACGAGCACGCUGGAGCCGGCGACCGCCGCGGGGCUGGGGUUGCUGGUCGCCGUUGUCGGCGUGCGGUGGGCGGUGGGGAGGUGGGAAAAGGCGAAACGUGUAUGGUGGAAGGAUUGGGCACGCGUGGGGGAGGGGCUGGAUAGGGAUUUGAGGGCACAGCUUGAUCGGACUAUUCGGGUCCAGGUCGUCGCGGUUCCAGAAAGGGCCUGUGACGAGUUGGAAGCUAUGAUUGGGAAGCGGAAGGCUGAUCUUACUCGGAAUCUAGAAGGACUGCAGGACUUGCGGGAAGAAUUGCAGAGCAUGUAGGGCAUUGGCUCUCCUGGGCCUGCACCGAAAUAGGAAACCGUAUUUGCCUAGAUAGAGGUGGUUACCAGCAGCACGGGAAUCUCAUUACAUUAACCCGCAUCCGCCAGCUGAGCCUAGUCUACGGGGUCCCAAUAGACGCACCUUAUCUCAGCACUUACCCGCCCUCAUUAGUGACGAUUUGCCGCUGCUGUGUAUUCAGAGUUACUUCUGGAGGUAACAUAAGGCUGAGGAGGCUAUUCGAUCUCGUUCACAGAGCCUUGGAGCAUUUCUUAUCCUGUUCUAUCUAUGAAAUGC